UUUUAUUUCAUAUCCACGUAUUUUUCUAUACCAGUCACCUUAAUUUUCUUAACAACAGCAAUCAUUAAUUAUAUUAAGCAAGAUUCUGUAAUGGUUUUCAUUUGCAAUUUAGCGAAUAAAUAAUUAUGUCUGAAGAAGAUGACUACACAUUUUUCAAAGAGUUGGAGAAGAGACUUUUCGAGAGUGGAGUGUGUAAAAUAGGAAUACCGGAUGGGGAAACGGAUACUCCAGUUCAAUUCUUAAAGAAAUUCAAAGAAAUGACGCACGUUUUGACACAAGAUCCAUUUGCGUGUGAUGCGAAAUGGACCCUGUUCGUUACCGCAGCAAACAGUUUCAACGCAAAGGUAAAUCAUGACUGCAAUUCUGAAGAUACCAUUCUUUACGAAACUAGACGCGCUACUUAUGGUACCAAAUAUGCAUUUUAUAGCUGUAAUCCAGAUACUAUGUACAAGCUACUCUGCAAAGGUUUUAAAUUGUAUAAGAACUCUAUGAAAGAAAUUUAUCUAACAGAUAAAAUACGCAUUGCAUUGAGUAAAAUUCCCCGUAUGGCUGGUUGGGGAAAAUCAAGCUGUGGCCCUAUCUUUAGAGUAGUUGGACUAUGUGAGUGUAUUAUGAAAUUUGAGUAUUUAAAGCGCAUCAUUGAUAUGAAAUUUAAUUGUCCCUCUGUUUAUGUUGAGGUACCGGAACUCCUUCGUCUCAGCUACCUACUGUUCUAUACAGAACACUUACCCAAACAACAAAAAAGAGAAUCCAUGAUAACACAAAUUUUUAAUAAAAACUACAGUGCACACAUUACUUUGCUCUUGGUCGCUAUAUUAGGUUACAUAUGCAGGAAAAGAAUACAACUGACUUGCGCUGUAAUACGGAAUAAAAUUGAUCAUAUACCUAUUUUAAGGCGCAUAUUUUUCGGAUAAAUUAAUUUUUCUGAUAUUUCAUAAAUAAAUGUGUAUAUGUAUUAUCAGUAAUAAAA